AUGACAGGUACUAUUGAAUGCAUUUCAGUCGGACUCAUUUCAUUGCUUUUGAUAAAAAUUUACACUCUGUUUUACAAAAAACAAAAUGAAAAAGAUGUAAAAACAAAACAAAAUGGUGGCAAUCAUGGUGAUUGUACGAGUUCAGAGUCAAAUUUAAAGGUUGACAUAAUAUGUGACAUAACAAAUAAUUUUGGGAGGCAUUAUGUUAAAGAAGUCAUUAAAAAGAAAAAUGUCAUAGGUAUAAUUCCUGUAUACAAAAAUUAUAAUAUGGAAUAUGAAGAUAUAUGUGUAUUUAAUGGAUUUAUGGCCCAACUAUUCAACUUUCUAAAUAUAAGAAAUGGAAAGUUAAUACUAGCAAAUGAAGAUAACUGCGUAUUGAAUUUUCUUCAUAAAGAAUUUGAUAUGGUAGAAAAUGAUAACGAUGAUAACGAGGAAAUAUUACUUGCAUCUUGUAUUAUUAUUAACGAAAAGGUGUCUAUAAUUGUCUGCGUCGUUAAUUAUGAAACAAACGUGGAAAAACAACUUGAUUUAUUCAUAGGUAAUAAAAAAAAAGACCUAUUUGUUAUUACAAAUAAUUUAUUCUUAAAUAAUAAGAACAAUAUUAUAAAAGAGAAGAAGGGUUGUAAAAAUGCAGAAUUAGUUGAGAAAAAUUGCUCAUUAACCCAGGGGGAAGAAUAUGGUGAAAUCUCGAAUUUUUUUUCCUUUUUUGAUUUUUUUAAAAUUAAGAAGGAACAUUUAAAUGAUUUUUAUUCCAUUAUACAAAUAAAUAUGAAAAAUUUUUGUUAUUUUUAUAAACUUAUGGGAAAUAACUCAUUUCCGGAAACGUAUUUAAACGGAUAUAUGUAUGAUAAUCUUACCAACACUAAGAUAUAUAACUCCUUAAUGGACAUGUAUCACGACUUAAUUGCAGAAGCCGUAAAAAAGGAUAACAAAAAAAUUAAUAUGAAAAAAUUUUAUACCUUUUAUGGAGAAAAAUGUGAUUACUCCAAAAUAGUAAAAUUUACCUUGAUGAAAUUAGAAAACAAUAUAUUAUUAUUUUAUAUAUAUGAUAUAUAUUCAUAUAUAUACUACCGAUUAAUUUUAUAUUUCUCACAAAAGUAG